AUGGCAACAUUCAACACUAGUGGUAUGGGUCCAAAAACCACCCGUCGAUAUAAUCAAGUCGCAAAUCAAAUGAUAUGGUACAUCCGACAUCCACAUGAACAUGAGGAUGUUAAUGGCCGCAAUGAUUACUGAUUUUUGUUUUUUCGUCACUGUGGAGAAAAACUACCUGAAAAAAGAAGCGUUUCAACCAGCAGUGACAUGUCGUUAGCACGAAGACCACAGUUCUCCAACGGUUUUUAUCCACGAGCUCGGCCGUUUGAUGAAUUUCUCAUGGGAAAUACCUUUGAGACAUUUGACCAUGUCGUUGAUCCGAAUACUAAUCCAGUAUAUAUGCCGAGUGUUCAGUCUGGGCGCCAGGCACACUUUUAUCAAUCUUCCAUCAUGGGCCAUAUCUAUCAAGCUUCGACACGACCAAUUCGAAAUACCAACCAUCCUUUUUCAACCGGUGGAUAA